AUGUCUAAAACCUUACGUGAUAGGCUUGUCAAUCCUCGUUUGUCUGAUUUUAUAAAACCAAAAGGAUACGAAAUUGAAUUAACAUUAGAGACAGGAGAGAAUAUCUUCUAUGGAGAAUGUCGUAUUAUGAUUAUGAUUCUUAAGGCUACACGAAAUAUAAACCAGCAUUCAGCAAAUUUGGAAAUAACUGAAGUCAUAUUUACAGGAAAGACUAAUAGUUAUCUAAUAGUGGGUAAAGCACGUAAUAUUUCGUAUAUACACGAACUGCAAAUUGUCGUCUUGUAUUUCUCUGAAGUUCUACGGCCUAGUAAUUAUAUUUUGAGCAUAACGUAUAAAGGUGUUCUUGCUAAUGAUGGAGGUUUUGUCAAGGUUUCGUAUAUAAAUAAGAUAGAAGAAAAAAGUUUGACUGAUGAUGGCGUGGAUAAAUUGGCGUUCGUACUUCACAGCAUAUAUUGUGAAUAUUUAUAUAUAACGAAUCAUUUGUAUGUUGUGUUUAGAGAAGAAGAUAUUAUUUACAAUGAAAAAAUAGAUCCCAUUGCACGCAAAAUAGAGUCAUCACGUAAAAUAGGACGUAAAGUGGUUGGUCAAUUGUUUGGUACCGCGGUUAGUCCAUCAUGGUGGUCUUGCAUGUGGCUGAAUGAGGGUAUUGCUAUGUUGUUCGGCGUGUAUACAAUCAAUCAGAUUAUGCCUGAGAGUCGAAUGUUGGAUUUAUUCGUAGUCCAGACUCAACAAGAAUCUCUCCGUCUAGAUGAUUCACAAGUUAUGAAUCCUCUUGGUUCAGAAGUUGACAGUAUCUCUGAAAUUAAUUCUCUCUUCUCUUUCAUAUUACCUAUUACAUAAAAGGUAUAGAGUAGUGAAUAA